UACAACUUAAAGCAUAUAAUAAAAUAUCCAUAAGUUUAACUUGAAGAUUGUUAAUCAUUCAAAAAAGUAUAUUUUUUUUAUUUCAGUUGUUUCAUCUGUUGAUGAUAACUCUCCAUCAGAUUCUGAUGUGUCGGGAUGAGUAUCAAUAGAAUCGCCUAUGGAUUAUUAAGUUUUGACUAACUACUUAUAGCCUUCUGGAAUGGAUUCUUGAUUAGAUUCUGGAAUAGUAAUUAAAGAAGUAAUCUUAAAAUUAUCUUCAAAUUAUUAUAGAGACUGAGAUUAAGUUUAAGAUUAACUUUUUACCCCAGCAAUUAUUGGUGUCUAAAAUAGUUUUUUCAAAUACCCAAUCAUACUCAAUGUCUUUGUAUCCUUUGAACACAGCUUUAAGAUAUUCAUAAUUAAUUGGAAUUUCGAUGGGAUCUAAUUUCGAAAAUAAAUUACUUAAAGAUUUAAUUCUAUUUGCAAAUUCUAUUAUACAUAUAGGAAAGGUCUUCAAAAUCUUUUCUGGUAAUAGGGAAUUUUUUAAGUUAAAAUAGUAAUGAAUUUUAUCUGCUUAAUUUCUAAACUAUUUUGAUUAGCCAAAGAAUUCACCUUUUGUUAAUAAUUGAAUCACAAUAUAGAGAAGACUCUCGAGAUCAUCCUUUGGAUGUAAUUCUUUUUUUAAAAUAAGCAAUUACAUUAACCAAGAUGUUACCCUAUACUGGAAUAUUUACAAAGCUUUAAUGAAUUUUAGGAUAAUUUUGAAUUAGUUUUAUAUUAGUAUGAUUACUAAAAAUUAGUGAGAAGUAGAUUCUUUUAGUUAUCUAAACAUGUCAAUAAGCUUGCCAAAUUAAGAUUCAUAUGUAAGAAGUUUGCUGAAUGUAUUAAUUGUAAUGCAUCUAUCUAAAAUAAUUUAAAAUAAUACUGUUUUCAAAAUUAUCAAGAUAAUACAAUCAUAAGAAAAAUCGUAUUAUAAAAAUUGAAACCAGAAUUUGACACUGGGUCCAGUUUUAUUGAGAACUUAAUACCUAUAUUAAUUUAAAAAAAUCCCAUGAUCAAGUAACUUGAGAAGACAAUCUUAGAAAUGUGAAACUAAUUUAUUAAUAUGUUUUCCAUCUUCUUAAGUUUUAUUCUAGAUGUGAUGUUAAUUGGUAAAAUAUUAAAGUAUUUUAGUACUAUUAUCUGGUUUGGAAAGUAUAGUCAUCCUGAUUACACAAGAUGA